AGAAGCGGAUAUGGGAUUUCACCUGAUUAUAGAUCGAAGAGAGGACAAAUGGAGUUCCGUUAAGGCAGUGCUAAUGAAGAUUUCGAUAUUCUUUCCGGGUGUGAUAAAUGUGGCAUAUGUCUUGCGACCGGCCGGAUUUUUCCAGAAGGCGAUAUCUGAAGUCAGUAAUAAAUUAUUCAAGGAAGAGUUUCGGUUUCGAGUUGAAGUUUGUUCCUGUUUAGAAGAACUUCACGAAUUCAUUGAUAAGUCACAGCUGACAAGCGAUUUGGGGGGUGAUUUGAAAUAUUCACACAUCGAGUGGAUACAACAAAGAAUUUCCUUAGAAAAAUUUUCCAUGAUGACUCAAGAGAUCUCGGUGUCGCUUGAUCAAUUUAUGAGACAAAUCCAUGAAACCAUGUUUCCAAAUAGCGCAGAAGCCACAGAACGAUUGUUACAAGUCCAAGGAGAAAAAUACAAUAUUCUGAAGGAAGACAUUAUGGGAACUACGAAACACGGUUAUGAAUUAUUGCAAAGUAUAAGAGAGCCUGGCGGUAAACACAUCGAUCGGAUAGGCAAUGUAUCUGCUGUGGAAAGAUGUGGGAUUUCUAGACUCUUGGUGCAGUUGGAAGAGACUGAGAAAAGAUUCGAUGAGUUUUGGAACGCACAUUCUACGAAAUUGAUUCAAUGCUUAAAACUAAGGAGGUUCGAGCAGGAUUUUCGAGAGUUACAGAGUAAUUUUGAUGCUCAUUUACGGGUGAUAGAGGAAAUGAUCGAGGUCGGAGAAACUGUGAGUCACGUGGACGAGCUUAUCCAGCAAGCGCAGGAAUUUCAACACUCAUGCAGAAGUGAUAUAGAAAGGGCUGACAUUGUGAUAAAUUUAGGAAAAAAAUUGUUAGUCAAAUCUAGUACCGUGCCUCAUGAGUGUGUGGAACCGAAAUGUACAGAACUGAAUAGAGUACGAACAGCGUUACACGAUAAAAUUACAAAACGUUUAGAAACAUUGCAUAAAUGGAGGGAACUAAUGGAACAAGUCGAGAGAGCAAACCAGUGGUGUGCGAAAGGUGUAGAGUUGUUAACCUCUCAACAUAUAGAAAAAUGUUCAUCAUCACUUGAGCUUGCAGAGCAAUCUUUGCACGAAAUUCAAGAUUUUAAACAGUCUAAAGCAACCGAAUUUCAAAGUUGUUUACAAGAAUCGAGUACAUUGGAGUCAAAACCAUUAGUGAAACAAGUACUUAAACGUAUAAACGAUGUGUCACUAAUGUGCGAUAAAAGAAUAACGACCUUGCAAAAAUUAUGUGUGAAACCUUUGAGGCCAGUUCAAACUGUCAUACCAGAACCUGCAGUUCCUAUCCAGCCAUCUGGAGGUGCUCCACAUUAUCCAAUCAGAACACGACCGGUUAGAAAGAAGUCUACUUCCAAAGAGAUGGGGCAUGAAAGGAAACAACGGCCGCAGUCUGGUGAAUGUUCGGCUGAAUAUUGGGGUUCCGUACAAACUGAAUAUUCAUCUGACAGUGAGAUUUCUACGAGAACUUAUAAUUCAUCUUCAUCUUCAAGUCAAACUUCAGAACCUAGUAAAAAAGCAUAUAAAGUGCAACAGGAUCACGUUAUUUCUGAAUUACUGGAAACUGAACGAGUUUAUGUUAAUGAAAUUGGAUCAAUAUUGAAGGGCUACAGAGAUGAAAUAUUAUCCGUAAAUUUGAAUCCAUUAGUACCCCAAAUAUUACAAACGAAAUGUGAUAUAUUAUUUGGAAAUUUGGAUGAACUACACACUUUCCAUAAGGAUGUAUUUCUGAAGGACCUUGAAAAUUGCAUUUCAACUACGGAAUUAGUUGCCAUGUGUUUUGUGGAGAAGAAAGAUACAUUUUUCAAACUUUAUAGCUUCUACUGCCAAAAUAUACCAAGAUCGGAACAACUACGAGAAAAUUUAGGCGAAGCAAAUUCAUUUUUACAAGUCUGCCAGCAAAAAUUAGGUCAUAAAUUACCGCUUGCCGCAUAUUUAUUAAAACCUGUACAAAGGAUUACUAAGUACCAACUAUUAUUAAAGGAUUUACUAAGAACAAGCCAAAGUGAUUCUUGCAGUAAAGAAUUGAAAGAGGCAUUAGACUGUAUGCUAAUAGUUCUUAAGUGCGUUAACGACAGUAUGUUGCAGAUUGCUAUCACAGGAUUUCCAAUGGAUCUUACCAAACAAGGAGAACUUCUUCUUCAUGGUUCAUUCUCAGUUUGGACGGACAGCAAGAAAGAUAUUCGGUUGCGGUUAAAAACGCAGCAGAGACAUAUCUUUCUUUACCAUAAUGUCAUGUUAUUUUGUAAAGAAGCUACAAAGGGAUCACAUAGCAAGACCACUUAUCAUUAUAAGCAUGAUUUGAAGAUGUCUGAAAUUGGUCUAACGGAAUCUGUUAAAGGAGAUCCAAGGAAGUUUGAAGUCUGGCUCCAAGGAAGACAAGAAGUUCAUACCAUAAUGGCUGCGACAAUGGAGCAGAAGCAAAUAUGGGUGGCUGAAAUUAAAAGGGUUCUAUUAAAUCAAUUGCAAGAACUCAAAGGAGAAAAAAUUAAAGAGUAUUCUGCUAUGAACCACAAAAUGCUUAGGCAGGUCAGUUCCUGGGAGACCUCGGUGCAGAAUUCGCAGAAUGUAGCUCUGCGUACAAUGAGUUGCGAAGGCAGUUUCUGUAACAACGCCGUUGGCACGUCUGGUUCACAUUCCGUCAGCAGUUCCGAAAAGGAAGAUCAGGAAGGCUUGGAUUUAGGACUUUCCUCUUCAGAAUACUCUAACAGUGAAGAGGAAGACGGCGAUAAAAAUCAACCACCGUCCGGGCGUUAUGUCGUUUUGGCUGAUUACUGCGCUGUAGGUCACAGCCAAGUCUCAAUGAAAGAAGGCGAAACCGUUGAAUUACUUAAAGUCGGUUGCGCUGGUUGGUGGUUUGUUAAAUUAAUAGGAAGCGGUGUAGAUGGCUGGGCUCCGGCUGCUUACUUGGAAUCGCUCGGACGCAAAUCGAAAUGCUCGAACCAUAGUAGGGAAAAAAUUAACGGUAACGAAUAAUUCGUUG